CAGUUCUGACGGAAAAUGUUUCACGUUUCACGUUUUAUAACCUCGCGCAUUGUUCGCGUUCAUGGUUACAUUAAUCAAAAUUACAAAAAUGUUCUAAGUCUUUGUCUGACCAUCGGAGUCGGCACCGGAACUGUCCACUGGCUUGUCAACAAUCGUCCGGAUUUCUUCGAAAACCUAAAUGAAAACCUCACGGAAUUUCCGUUCGGUGUCGCCUUUGGCAUCGUCACGAUAGUCUUCAUUGUGUCCAUCCUUCUGUAUGCUCUCCAUCUCGAAUCGUUGGACCGGGCUCGUACUCGCAGUCGGACUGCCAUUCGGUUGAAAUUCGUCGAUUAUAUUCUACUCUGUCUGAGCACCCAGCUGAAGGAUGCCACCGAGCCCUAUUUGCGUCAGGGGCUGCUAGUGCAGGAGGAACUGGAUGCGAUGCAUACGGAAAUCGAAGACUGUAUCGACCGGUUCCGGGAAAGUGCCCGUAAAUUGCUUGACACUCGGGUGACCUCCGGUGCAGCCACCCUACAGGAUCUGGAGAACUUUUUCCGGCUAGACCAACAGGGUAGCCCAAUCGGGGAAGACAUUCUUAAAUUGAAAAGGAAUUCAAAAUCGUUACUCUCGGAACGGGUCAUCAAAGAGUUGCUUACCAAGUGAAAAAGCACAGAGGCGGACGGAAAAUCUGCCGAUCCGGCAUAAAUUCGAAUCAAUUAAGAGAUUUCCAAACAAGCUGGUUUCGAAUUUUUGAUUUAUGUCGUAUUUCGUAGCCCUCGAGCUCCGCAGAAUAGAUUGAACUACCAAAAUAGAAUCCUCUGGUGAGGUUU